CCUGGCCCCAGGGCCGCGCCCUGCCCGCCCUCCUCAGCCCCCAACAUGGUGGACUACUACCAAGUCCUGGGCGUGCCCCGGCAGGCCUCCACCGACGCCAUCAAGAAGGCCUACCACAAGCUGGCGCUCAAGUGGCACCCCGACAAGAACCCCGAGAACAAGGAGGAGGCAGAAAAGAGAUUCAAGCAGGUGGCCCAGGCCUACGAGGUGCUGUCGGACGCCAGGAAACGCGGCGUGUACGACCGCUAUGGCGAGGCGGGCGAGGACAGCGGGGGCGCCGCGGGCCGCCCCUGCCACGACCCCUUCGAGUGCGUCUUCAGCUUCCGCGACCCCGCCGACGUCUUCAGGGAGUUCUUCGCGGGCCAGGACCCCUUCUCCUUCGACUUCUUCGGGACCCCGCUGGAGAACAUUGGGGGGUCACAGGACCCCCCGCAGAAGCAGAAGCAGGGGGUUCACACCCCUUUUCUCCACCUUCACUGAAUUUCCAGCUUUUGGGGCUCACUUCUCUCCAUUCCACACAAGAUUCACAUCCUAU